CUCGUAACUUGUCUCACCUGAUUACAUCAUGGAAGCUGCUUCUGUAUCCGCUCCCCCUCUUGUUCCUGCUCCUGCUCCUGCUUCUGCAGCUUCUCCGGGGUCGGCUCCGCCACACAUGAACGGGAUCCAUCCUCCUCUCGAGCUGUCUGCCCUCCCCCUCCCAACGCCAAAAUCAUCUCUGGAUGCCGUCUCUAUCAUCCCGGAAAUACACACUCCUCAGGAUCCGAACAGCAUCCCCGUCCCCCCACCAAAGGGAACACCACCCCCUCCUACCGGGCAACUGUUGGAUGAUGUGCAGAUGGCCGAGGCUGGAGAGGGGAAAGGAGAGGAGGAAGACAACGUCGAGCAGAUGCUGGGCGCCAGCGAGCUGUCGAGUCAGACACUACUUCCCCACCAAGCGCACGACGUGUCGGGCAUGAAACGGUCUGCGGAAGAGAUGGAAGAUGUCAAAGUUGCUGUUGUUCCUGAGAUUGUGGGGAUUAAUGCUGUCGUUAGCCCUGUGGAGGACGCGAUGGACGUGGAGACGCCUAAAGCUGAGCUGGUCGUUGAUGGGGCGUCCCAGGUGGGGAGACAGGAAAAUGGCGAACCGCUAUCCAAGCGCCAACGUUUGACACCCACACCUGAUCUUCGUAUUCACACGAACGGGCUCCAUCCGCGCGUCUCUACCUUCUCUGCCGCUCAGCACAAGUAUGCCGCUGCUACUAUUCGCCAGCUGAAGAAGAACCGCGAUGCAGCCCCUUUCCUCAAGCCUGUCGACACUGUCGGCCUGAACAUCCCACACUAUCAUAAUGUCAUCAAACAUCCUAUGGACCUCGGCACAGUCGAGGAGAAACUUGCUCUUUCCAACCCUGCUGUCAAGUCUAAACAGUCUGGAUCUGCGACCGAGAGCGACCCAAGCAAACGUUAUUGGACCGCAGAUGAGUUCGUCGCCGAUGUCAGGCUCAUCGUGGACAACGCUAUCAAGUUCAACGGCGAGGCACACGUAGUGUCUCAGAUGGCCAAGCGCCUCCUGGAGAUAUUCGACAAGCAGGCCGAACGCAUGCCCCCUGCCGAAGAACCCAAGCCAGUGCUCCCUGCAGCCCAGUCUGCACCUAUCAUCCCCUCUCACCCAUCGCCUCCUAUCCCCAACUCGGCCCAUCCCGUGCCCCCGAAACAGCAGCGCAGGCAGUCGAUCGCCGUCCCUGUGAUUCGGCGUAAUUCGCCCGAAACCCCAACCGCUGUCGUCCGCCCGAAGCGAGAGAUCCAUCCCCCGCCCUCUAGGGACCUGCCAUACAUCGAGGCUGUGCCUGGGAAGAAGAGGCGCUCUGGGAAGGGUAAGGGCAGGGAGAGGGAUGAUGGGACGCAAGAGCAGCUCAAGUUCUGUGCUUCGGUUUUGCAGCAUCUGUUUAAGAAGUCGUACUAUUCUGCUGCGUAUCCUUUCUAUGACCCUGUUGACUACGUCGCCCUCAACAUCCCUGACUAUCCUAAAAUCAUCAAGAAGCCUAUGGACCUCUCAACGAUGAAAAAGAAGCUCGAGUCGAAGACGUACGAGAACGCACAAGAGUUCCACGCCGACUUCAAGCUCAUGAUCAAGAACUGCAGACUGUACAACCCUGCGCAGAGCCCUGUGCGCGAGGCGGGCGAGGAGCUCAAUAGGAUCUUCGACGAGAAGUGGAAGGGGCUCCCGCCGCUUUACCAGCUUGAGGAAGAAGAAGAGGAGGACGAAGAAGAGGACGAAGACGAAGAGGGUGUGGACAUGGCUAUGGCCGGUGUGCAAGCGCAGGUCGCUAGGCUCGUCAAGACGCUCGAACAGUUGCAGAAGCAAAAGGCGGACAAGACGGCUAAGAAGAAGGCCGUCCCUGCCGUCCCUAAGGAAGACAGCAAGCCCAAAGCGUCCAAGCCUCGGAAGCCCAAGCCCUCCGGUUCUGCUGGUACUCCUACUGCUGGCCCGUCCAAGCCCCGUAAGCGGAAGGACAAGGAUGAGGAGUCCGACGAAGAUGGCCCUGUGGACUUUUUCAAGAAGCGCGAGCUGGCGGAGGAGAUCCCCAAGCUUGAGGGCGAGGCGCUUACCGAAGCACUCGCACUUAUCCAGGAAGGGAUGUCCUCUGAGAACCCUACGGGACCGGACGACGAAAUCGAGUUAGAUAUCGAUAUCCUCGCUCCUUCCGUCAUCCGCAGGCUGUAUCGUAUGGUCGUCGAGCCCGCUAAGAAGAAGCGCGAAGCGGAGGAAAAACGCAAGAUGCGCGCUUCGGGCGUGGCUGUUGGAGGCGGGCGCGCGGGGGGUAAUGCGGGUAAGGGCGCUUCUGGCAGGAAGGGACACCCGACGGGAGGACUGAAGAGGAAGAGUAUGGACGAAGCGGCUGAGGCGGAGAAGAUCCGCAUGCUAGAAGAACGCUUGAGCAUGUUUAACGGCAGCGGCGCGCCUGCGGAUGUUCACCAGGCCCAGGGGCAGGUCAUGGAUGUUGAUGAGAGUGUGAGUACGGAGGACGAGAGUUCGAGCGAUGAUGAUUCUGGUUCGGAGUGAUCUUACUCUCUGGUGUUGCUGGUGAAUGUGAUGUGCUAUGCACAUUAUGGUGUAUGCCCUGUUGUAGGCUGUAAUCCAAAAAUGAUAAUGAUA